AUGUAGGUAGUACGACAACAAACUCCCUCCACAAAGUCGAUCAAGCUUUCAACUCGUCAGAAAAUCAUCCGAACCAUAAUAAGAACCAAUAGUAAACGAGUGGUGUGCUUCAAAAGACCAGGACGACGUGGAUCAGGAACUGGCGCCCCCAUUACCUCCCACACCAUCCGAUCCCCAGGCAGCCCCGAGAAUCCAACCUAGCCCAUGGGGCCCAACGACCCUCUGGUCCAGUCAACCUGAAGGCCAUUGGUCCACCCACUUGUUGCCUCUCCCGUCUACUAACAAUCCCGGUGGGGGCACCAACUAAUCAAAGGGGUCGGCACCCGUGAAUGACCCGGUGCUCGUGGCCCAUGGCCCGCUCAGCCCAGAUCCGCCCGUGCCUUCCGCUCCACCGGAUCUGGUUAUCAUGAGAACGGCGGUGAGCUCGAUUCUGUCCGAGAUGAAGGAUCCGAGUCCGUUGUGCUUUCCAGAUUACGAGCAAACCUACUUGGACCACGCUCGAAUCUGGAUUCUCGUCCAAGGCGCUUCGGAAGCUCAAUUGGCCCAUCUCCGGACCCACCACGCCCGCUGGAGCCAGCCCACGCCACCCGGACCCCCCUCGCAGUGGGCCGCUUUCCGUUAUCUGACCCACUAUCCGCUCGAAAACAACGAAUGGCGGGACUUUCAGACCUUUCGCGGUGUCAUGGGACUCCUGUCCUUUGUGACCUGGCCCGAGGCCACCAUGGCCGUGAAACGCCAUCGACAAACGCAGGCUCAAUUGGCCUCGUCGCUCCGGGCGCAUCGUCUGAUAGCCCCGCCCAAUUGCUCGCACGAGCUGCAAGGCGUGGACUCGGACUUGGUCACACUCGCCACGUCUGAGAACGGCAUAGAGUGGUCCGCCGACGAUUUGGAUCGGAUCAUAGUGCCUUUCCUCCAAGACUUGGUGGAAACGGUGGAAACGCGCUUAAGCGAGAAUCUGGCCAAGGACGCCAGUCAUAAGCCCGUGCUUUUGGUGGCUCCCUUUGAGCGGAAGGACUUUGUAGGCCUGGAUUUGGAUAGCCGGAUCAAUAAGAAGCGGACCCUAGGACGAUUCAAGAAGCAUUUGGGCGAUCUGGCUCUCCAAAGUGGGCGAGCCAAUGAGGCAUUUACGUUUUACGAAGCGGCCUUGGAACAUUUGAAAUCGUGCAAUGACUGGAUGUGGUUAGGUAACACAGUGGAAUGCCUCUGUGCCUUGUCCGUGUUGGCCGGUACGAGUUUCGGCCCCAUUUUCGAGGUCGAACCUUUCAUUCAGGAGCAAUUAUACCGCGGCGACGAGUUUGUGGAAAAAUGCCGUGAACUGGUCGUGAAUUAUAGCAAGUAUCGCUACUCGGGCAUGAUCGAGACCGAGGCUUGUGUCAAGGCGGUUCGGGUCAUGAUCGCUCAAAGACAGACCUUGCACGCGGCUGAAUUCCUCCAAAAUGUCGUGUUCAUCAACUUGAACAUGACCGACACGGAGAAAGUGAAACGCUUCGCGGCUCUGAGCGAACUCUACGGAGAAAUUGGAUUUUCGCGGAAAAGUGCCUUCUUCCAUCGGGUGGCCGCCAUGCGAUGUGUGGCCCCGCAUAAUCCUCAGCCCGAAUGGGAGUUGUGCUACCAGCUGUUGUUGAAAACCAUGCCCGGAUAUUUUUUUCCCAUGGCCCAUCAGGGCACGGUCAGCACGAAUAGCAACCAUCGAGUGGAUUCGUCCAAAGGCUGGGCCACGGUUCAAGUUCAGAUUCUGCAAGAGCUCGUGGGCACGGCUCGGCGAAUGGGCGAUCAUCUGAUCGCCAUCAAGCACCUCGUGUUCCUCUUGGAGAACUUCCACCACUGUCUUCCAACGGCGGAUCUCGAUACAACCUGUCAGGAGAUUUUCACUCUAGCCACCCGGAUGAAGCAGCAGCAUCUGCCUUUGCCCAAAUACACUCUUCAUUCCAUUCCCAAACUGAUCAAAUUCCAGCCAGUGUCGGCCGUGCCCGAAUCGGGGUCUUGGGGUGGGUCUGCGGAAUCCCAACCAACAGGACCGUUCCUGUUCACCCCCAUACUGAACUACGAGAAACGACGGAAGCGUUGCGAGUGGAUCAAAGGUGAAGCCUGUGAGGUGGAGAUCGACUUGAUCACCCCACCCAUCCCGAUUAGUGUGGUGGAUAUGCGGCUUUUGUCCGAAGGCAAUGCCUUGGACCCGUGUGAAGUGUCGUUUGUGAUGAACCCAAGUGACCCCAAGCCCAUCGUGCAUGUGAAGUUGACCGCCAUUCCCCAGUCAUUUGGUGAUAUCACGCUCACGGGCGUGUCCUUCGUUUUGUUCGGCUUGGAAGUGGAAUGUUUGCUCAAAGACCUCGGAUUGGACAGCGAAGAGAACUGUCCUAUUGUUCACGUCAAUCCGUCCUUGCCGCGACUUCAUACGCACCUAGAAGUGCUGAAAGCUCCGGUGAAUCCCAAAUCGUUAGAGAUCUACAAUGGCGAGACCUUAGACAUGGAUCUCUCUAUAGUUGGAGCUCAAGAAGAGAUCCCAUUGAUUCUAUCAUGCACCAUGACGCCCCAUGUGUUCAACUCGUGUGUGAGUAUUAUGGAUCAACGCCUCAACGAGAUCUGCAUCAAGUCUCACCCGGACGUGAAAACUCGCAUAUCUCUCCGUGGACCAACCACCUCGUGUUUAUCCGAAGAGACUGACGAAUACUUGACCUCCUCCUCCUCCUCCUCCUCAUCAACUAAAGCCUUAACUCUCACACUUACGCUAAAAAGUGCCCCUCCUAGUGCCGAUUCUGAUCGGGUCCCACCCAAAGUAUGCAUCAACACGCCAAUGCAAAAGAUCUCCCUCCACGUGUUGCCCUCGAUAUCCGUGUGUUGGUGGGAUGUGUUUCCUAGUGAAAAUCCACGCGAGUGCUAUCUCGUUAUCGACAUCCUCAAUUCGACCUCGGAUGAGGCGGAGAUCACCUAUUUAGACGGGAAGAAGAUCAUCGUGAUCGACAGCCAGGCCAAAUGUCGCGUGCCCAUCGCUCUGGAAAAGAUUGCGAGUCCUGACGAAUCCGAGGCCAGCUUCGCCCGACACAUCGACGACCAAGUCAACAUUGUGUGGAGCCUCAAGAAACUGGAACGAAAUGGAUUGGUGUCUCUCAAGGAGAUCCAGCUCACGCCCAAUAUGAUUCAAACCCUCUCGCUCUGUGAUAUCGAUUGGUCGCUCUUUGUCAAUGGACAGCAAUGGCUAGGGAUGGAGCUCCAAGCUCAAGCCGGUCAGCCCAUUGAGGUUACUAUUCGACUCUCGAGACCCACUUUGGCGGCCGCCUCGACCGAGGACAAACAUGAAAAGUGGCGUUGUAUGUUCAGCUUGAACUGCCAUUACGAAGAAGAGGUCACGCCCAGUGGGCAGAUCAAGCGCAUCGAGCUGCCCUCAAGUGGAUCCAAGUGCGUCCGCAGUGCCGGAAAUCAUCAAAACGUGACCUACAAAGCAGUGAUAAUCGCUCCCAAUUGUGGCAACCUGUUCCUCAAGAGCUCCUGCGAGGCCAUGAUCCCAUCGGAUCAGGCCACGCGGAUCGUCGAGCUCCCUUUGGUGGGUAUCACCAUUCAAAACUGAGAUUAAUUGGCAAAGAUAUCUGUUCAUGGAACUAGAAAUAUAACUUUAUAUCAUGUGCAUAA